CCAAACGUCUAUACAACCAAUACCAAGAUUACAUGCAUCUAUCUCUUCAGUUAUCUUCUUCCAUCCAUCCAACCAACCAGAAACCAUGGCUCUCCAGGCACCACUCACCCUACCCACCACCAAAUCUACUUCUCUGUCUCCGGCAGGUGGCACUAAUGUCGGCCUCCGCCGGCCGGCCAACCUCUUAGCUCUCAAAUCAUCAUUCUAUCUCUCACCCUCCCUUCAAUUAUUGCUUCCACGUUAUCAGCCAUCCUCCAAUGUUGCUCCCAAGUUCGCUAUGCGAACUGCCUCUAAGCAGGCUUAUAUUUGUCGUGACUGCGGGUACAUCUACAGUGAUAAAACCCCAUUUGAGAAGCUACCUGAUAAGUACUUCUGUCCAGUUUGUGGUGCCCCGAAGAGAAGGUUCAGGGAAUACACACCUCCUGUGACCAAAAAUGCUAACUCAACAGAUGUUAGAAAGGCCAGGAAAGCUGAACUCCAGAGAGAUGAAGCCGUUGGGAAAGCAUUACCUAUUGCAGUUGCGGUUGGAGUUGUUGCACUCGUUGCCUUGUACUUCUACCUCAACAACACCUUCUAGUAGUUUCGCCUGAAACAGGUGCGUCGCCGGAGAAAUUGUUGUAAUCUGAUUACAGUUUUGUAGAUUCUGAUUGCCUCCAAGAACUGCUAUUGAUCUCAUUUGAUUUUGUACAAUCCGGUUAUUAUCCCAGAAAUAUAUGAUUAAGUUUUUACCCAA